AUGCAUCAAUCCUCCAAGUUGGCUAGGUGCAGGAGCAUUCGAAAUGCGGCCUCGAUAGCACCUUUGACUCUAUGCGAUUUCCUUGCGCCCACCGUCUCCUCCAGUCCCACCCUUGCCGGGGGAAAUCGAAAAGCACUAUCUGUUGCUUCAUACAGGGAUAGUGUGGAGGCUGUAGAAGCGAUUUUCUAUGAUGCCCUUUCACGCUCGACGAGAUGUUGUUUCCUUCCCACGUCGGCCUCGACGACGAAGAGGAGUCUAGCUACCUUCACCACACGACCGAUCGAGACGACCAUUUCUCAGAGACGGAGUGACCGGCAGGCAAGGCAAAAGGCAGUGUCUUGGGGUCAGCGCCGAGGUAUAAGCAGCACCAUUGGAAGGCACCGCCUAGCAACCGUGGAAAGACCAGAGCAUCUUGGCGUACAAUCGGAGCGGCGUACAAAUACAACCGGCCAUGGCGCAUCUGUCGAAGCCAAUAGACGGGACUUUGCGGCAAGAAGCCGACUGCCGGCAGGGCUCUUCGACGACAUCGACAGUCUACAAAAGAAGGUGGAAGAGACAAGGCCCACGCCAGACGGACAGGAAGGAAACGCCACAAAACCCAGUGUCAAUGAACAACUCCGGCUGCUCAAGUCCGUCAGAGAACUCGAAGACAAAUUAGCCAAGGCAAAGGCCGAGUUGACUACUUCGAUGCGGCGGGACGUUCGGUCUACCGUUGGCCCCGGUGGGAAGACACCCCAGAAGCAAAACUCUCCCACAGUGGAGCUAUCGAAAGAAGAUUAUAAGAACCUGGUCGACCUCUAUUACUAUACCCAUCGGAGUCGGUUUGACCCAGAAUCGUCGGACCUGUCGCCUACGCCCACCUUUCUUGAGGACUAUAGUUUUAAACUGUCCGAGGACUUCGCGCCACCCCAAGCCUACGCCGAGUUUUAUGACGCGGACGAAGAGGGACACGAAUCUCCUCUGAAAGAAGUCGAGCAGAGGCUCAAGUCAAGACAGUUGCGAGAGAUAUCCGUCACGAGUGAUUUUAUCGACUUACUGCUCGAUGAACGGUCAUCCAACGCAGCACUCUUCCAGGCAUAUAAGAGGCUACCCCAACCGGGGGUAUCUUUUCUCCCUCGUGGGAUCAUCCGGGUCUUCUUGCAACGCAUGGCAACGCCCUGGCAAAAGAGUGAGAAAUCAAUGAUCAGAUAUCUCUCUCUCAUUGACGAUAUGCAGAAUGCAGGAUUGCCCAUCACGAAGGCGGAAUGGGCGUCGGCAAUCUACCUUGCUGGGAGAUCUUUCACCAGAGUCACAGAGAGCGACAUGGUCAAUUCUUUCCGAGUAUGGAAGCAGAUGGAGCAAGAAGCCGGCGUGAAAGCUCACCACGUUACCUUCAACAUCUUGUUUGAUAUCGCAGUCAGAGCAAACAAAUAUACGGUUGCUCAAAUGGUACUGAAAGAGAUGCACGACCGUGGCCUCCGCCUGAACAGACUUGGUCGUGUCAGCGUCAUUUACUUCCAUGGCCUGAGGGGAGACGGUGAUGCCGUCCGAAAGGCGUAUCGCGAUUUCGUGGAUGCGGGCGAGAUUGUCGACACACUGGUUCUGAAUUGCGUGAUUGCUUCACUGUUCAAUGCGCAAGAACCGGCGGCAGCUGAGCAAAUAUAUGAGCGCAUGAAAAGCCUUCAGCUAGAGUUACGUCGAGGCAAACGGCGGGACGGCAGGUCGGUCUUGUACCGACACUAUCCCGGUCCUGGGUCGGAGGUGAUUGAGCACGAGAUGGCUGCGAACGCGCUAGGGAGGACAUUACUUUUCGCGUCACGGCUCAAACAGAUAUUGCCUGAACAUCACGAAGAGUUGCAGAACGCCAUGCCGCUGACGCCAGAUCAUACCACCUUCCGUACCAUGAUAUCCUAUCAUGUGAACGUAUCUGGCAACCUGGAUCGGAUCACUGUGUUAAUGGAUGAAAUGGCGAAGCUCUUCCACUUACCAUACCAGAGCAUCACGUUUCAACUAUUGUUCAAGGGGUUUGCGCUCCACGGAGCGACGAGCGAUCCCGAUGCCACAUGGAGCGUGGAACGCCUCGACCUUGUAUGGGAUGCAUGCCGAAGGGCCAUCAAAGAGGGCCAAGCAGCUCGGAGGCGGUCAACCUUCAAGCCUUCGGAGCCGACGCUUCCAUCCAUCCAUGUCGUCAACAACCUCACCAAUGAAAACGAAGCUGAACAGGGGCACGGGCACGACCCGCAAGAUGGCAAGAUGCAGAAAGGCUUGAAACGCAUGAGCGCGUGGAAUGACUUUGUCCUUGACCUCGCACUGUUCCCGAAAGAGCGGCGGAAACAUAUCGAGCGAGUCCACGCCGAGCUAUUCGACGAAGAGAAAGACAGCAGCGCCAGCGCCAGCGGCAAAGGCAAACCUUCUUUUCUGAGAAGAAACGAGUUGAAAUCAUCUUCAGCACUGCCUUACACGCAACAGCAGGAGACAUACUACCCGCUCGGCGAAGCCAAAUACGACCAGGAAGAAGGCGAAUACGUCCUCCCUCCGCCCAGCGCGGCCAUCGACCCAACGGGAGGAGCCACGCAUGAACCAUCAGACGAGUCUCCAUGGCCCAUGGGCUACAAUGAACCGAACGACGUUGAUCCUUCACACCAGACGUCGGACCCUGAGACCCAACAUGAUACCGACCACAAACAUGAAGGCCAUCAGAUAGACGAAGAUGCACACGAUGAAAUCCAUGACGACGAGAGUACAGAUACCGAUCCCGACACCGAUAUCGACCCGGAAAGCCGGCCCAUCGCAGUGACAUCUCCGUACCAAGUCCAAGCGACACGUCCUUUGGUAUGCUGGCUCCUGCGUGCCUACACACGCUGCACCGGCUCGCGGACCAAAGUGGAAGAAGUGUGGAACUCGGUGCGCAAAGUGUGGAAGACGCGUGAUCCGAUUGAGCGGGAGAAUGUCGUUCGUGUUCUCCGCCGGUGUCUGAGGGAUUGUGAUCGGUUUGGACCGCCCUUGUGA